GCUAACGUGCCAUGGAGGCAACUAACCUCUCCCGGGCCGCUGCCAGCGUCGCCCUCUCCCUGGGUCUGGAGACAAGCAGCACCAGCAGUCGCAGCAGCAGCAGCCUGGCACCGGGCGGCGUGGUGGAGGCGAGCUCAGGCGGCAGUGCCACCUGGGGCCGCGAGCAGCCCUACACGGUCUUCUCGGUGCUGGUGGUGGCGCUGCUGGUGCUACUGAUCGCGGCCACUUUCCUGUGGAACCUGCUCGUGCUGGUCACCAUCCUGCGCGUCCGCGCCUUCCAUCGCGUGCCGCACAACCUGGUGGCCUCGACGGCCGUGUCGGACGUCCUGGUGGCCGCCCUGGUGAUGCCCCUGAGCCUGAUGAGCGAGCUGUCCGCCGGGCGCCGCUGGCACCUGGGCCGGAGCCUGUGCCACGUGUGGAUCUCCUUCGACGUGCUGUGCUGCACGGCCAGCAUCUGGAACGUGGCGGCCAUCGCCCUGGACCGCUACUGGACCAUCACGCGCCACCUGCAGUACACGCUGCGCACCCGGCGCCGCGCCUCGGCGCUCAUGAUCGCGCUCACCUGGGCGCUCUCGGCGCUCAUCGCCCUGGCGCCGCUGCUCUUCGGCUGGGGCGAAGCCUACGACGCGCGGCUCCUGCGCUGCCAGGUGAGCCAGGAGCCCUCCUACGCCGUCUUCUCCACCUGCGGCGCCUUCUACCUGCCGCUGGGCGUGGUGCUCUUCGUCUACUGGAAGAUCUACAAGGCCGCCAAGUUCCGAUUCGGCCGUCGCCGCCGGGCUGUGCUGCCUUUGCCCGAGGCGAGCGUGCAGGUGAUGGAGACACCUGGUGAGCCUGAGAUGGUGUUUACAGCACGUCGUCCAACGGUGGCUUUUCAAGCAAAUGAAGAGUCAUGGCGGGAGCAGAAGGAGAAGCGGGCAGCCAUGAUGGUGGGCAUUCUCAUCGGUGUCUUUGUGCUGUGCUGGAUUCCCUUCUUUCUGGCGGAGCUCAUUAGCCCCCUGUGUGCCUGCAGCCUACCCCCGAUUUGGAAAAGCAUAUUUCUUUGGCUUGGCUAUUCCAAUUCUUUCUUCAACCCCCUGAUUUACACAGCAUUUAACAAGAAUUACAAUAAUGCCUUUAAGAGCCUUUUUACUAAGCAGCGAUAAAUGCAGUGCCCAUGGAGACCUGCAGAAAAGGUGUGGAGAGAGAUGUCUGUGCUCUGCAUUUAUGAUCAACAUCUAGGACCUGGAUUCUUAAGCUUUCCUGCACAUGUGACUCCCUUCUCAGCUAAGAUAUGCAACACAAUUGGAGGCUGCCAGAAGCACUCAGGUUUAUGAUAACUACAUCAUAAUGUUGAAUGAAUUUUUGGUUGUUGCGUGUUCAGAAAUCUUUUACUCUUGCCACAUUUUUUGUGAUACCCCAUGUUCAGUAAUGAGACCUCCCAUAAUGUCAUGACACAUAAUUUAAAAAAACUGGAGCCUAGAAUCUUUCAUCCAGAACUGAGUCUUAAUGAUCAUUUGAAAGUCAUAAUGUUAGGCCCAAACUGUUGGAGCAGUAGUGCCCAAGGCUCCCUAGAAUGACAACUAACAUGCAGGGUAUUCUGGUCUCAUGCAUGUGAUAGACAUUGCUAAUUGAUCCCAGAUCACAGCAUGCAUUUCCACAGAGCAAGAACUCUGCCUCAAAAUCCUAUAAAGUUAUGAAGUUACUGCUAAUUGGUUGUAAUUCAUAAGAUCUAAUGGUUAUUUACUUUUUUUUCUUUUGUCUAGUGCCAUAUUCCUCAGAGGGUCUCUCAUCUUAGGAGCCCAGAGGCCUGUUUUUAUCCUACUUGGGAGAUCAUCUACCUUGUGUAACACCUCUCCCACACCACUUUAUAGAUAUUAUUAAUCUUAGGUUCCCCAAUCCCCAAGUU